AUGAAUGGAGGGACCAUAAAUGGAAUCAGCAAUGUGCCAGUCAAAGCACUAGGCCGUGGAUCUGUAAAGAUAAAAACACGAGUCAAAGACAAACAAAUCAUUGUGCAAUUGAGAGAUGUACUGCAUGUACCAACAGCAGUGAAUAAUCUCAUAUCAAUAAGUCGACUCAAUGAGCAAGGGGGAAGAGCCCGAUUUGACAAUGGACAAGUCACAUUGCUCAAUCAGAACUGA